AUGGCUGAAGCGGCGCCCGCCCGGCCAGAUGGAGAGAAGAGCUCAUACCUCUACUCCACAGAGAUCACACUGUGGACUGUGGUGGCAGCCGUUCAGGCCUUGGAGAAGAAAGUGGAUUCUUGCCUGGCUCGCCUGCUGACUUUGGAAGGACGCUCAGGGACAGCCGAGAAGAAGCUGGCUGACUGUGAGAAGACAGCUGUGGAGCUCAGCAACCAGCUGGAGGGCAAAUGGGCCAUGCUGGGAACCCUGCUGCAGGAGUACGGGCUGCUGCAGCGGCGGCUGGAGAACGUGGAGAACCUCAUGCGCAACCGGAACUUCUUGAUCUUGCGGCUUCCCCCUGGCAGCAAGGGCGAGGUCCCCAAGGUGCCUAUGACCUUUGAUGACGUGGCUGUGUAUUUUUCCGAGUUGGAGUGGGGCAAGCUGGAGGACUGGCAGAAGGAGCUCUACAAGCACGUGAUGAGAGACAACUAUGAGACGCUGGUCUCCCUGGAUUAUGCCAUCUCCAAACCCAACAUCCUCACCCGGAUAGAGAGAGGAGAAGAGCCUUGUCCUGCAGGCCCCUGGGGCCAGAAGGGGAGUGAGGAGGAGACAACAUGCCCAAGGAAACCAAACACUGGAAUUCCUCUGAGUCCAGAGCAUGCCUCAAGUCCAGCCAGCCCUGCCUUAGAGGAGCCAAAAGAAAGGCAAGCACCUAAGCAGCAACAGCAGCCGCAGCAAGAGGAAGCAAGAGUUAUUCCACCUGAGACAGACACUGGAAUUCCAGCCAGCACCAGCACUUUACCCAUCAAACAGGAGGGAGAAUCUACAGAGGGAGAAUUUCCACCCUCCCCUCCCCCAGACAGCCUGCCGUCUGUGGGACCAGGUGAGUGA